AUGUCAGUUGAAUUAAAACCUCCAGGACAGUUAUCAUUUCAUCGUACGUAUGACUUAGCUUUGAUGGGAGGAUUUUGCUGCUUUAUCAAACCUUUUUCAAGUGGACCUUUCACACAGCUUGUGAAGGAAAUUCUUAUCGUGCGUAAUCCUAAUCCAGAACCGGUAGCCUUUAAGGUUAAAACUACAGCUCCAAAGCAAUAUUGUGUUAGACCAAACUCUGGCCGAAUUGAGGCGAACCAGAGUGUUGAGGUUCAAGUUAUCCUGCAACCAAUGAAGGAAGAUCCACCAGCAGAUUUCAAAUGUAAGGACAAAUUCUUGGUACAAAGUGUGGCAAUUUCACCUGAACGUGAAACAUUAACUUUACAAGAUUUGUGGUCUACAACUGAGAAACAAGCAAAAGAAACGAUCAAAGAAACCAAGAUUCGAUGCGUAUAUUUGCCCCCAGUUGAAGAUAAUUUACCCCCUGCGUCACCACCUCCAAAUCUACCACUUCCGCCUCAACCAUCUAUUCCCUCCCGCCCAUCUCCAUCAAUCUCACAAAAAGAAACUGCCAAUGGAUUAACAACGGAGCCUGUAAAGGAUGAAAAGAAAGACCAACUACAAGCAUACAAAUUACAUGAAGAUUCUAAUGGACAUAAUAAUAUGGUUGGAUCGUUUCCCGAUCAUACUAGAUCUGCCGAUGAUGAUAAUCCCGCAAGGCUUCGGCGACAAUUGAUCGAAGCCCAAGAGGAAAUUAAACGUUUAAAUCAUACGAUUGAUAAUUAUAAACAGGAGUUGAGUACAGCUCAAAUGAGACAACGCAAGAGCGAGGAGGCUGCAUCAUCAAAGAGGAAUAGUUCAAUCGGUGGAUUUUCUGUCAAGACUCAGGAGAAAAUUCCUGAAGGAUACUACCCAUUUGAGGUCGUUAUUGCGGCAGCUGUUGGGGCAUUCUUGUUUGGAGUUAUGUUUUUCUAA